ACUUGUCAUCUAUGGUCUUGUGUGUGAUCAGGAGUUGUUAAUGGGCAAAUUAUUUCAAAUCAAAAAAAUAAACUAUUAUUUGCCAACAAUUCCUUACUAAUGUUGUUAUAAACUAUUCCUUUGUUUUGUUGUAAAUAAUAUUUUAAAUUUUUUAAAAAUGAUGAGCGAUGACGAUCGCGACAUCGAUAUCGAAAGUGAUGCUGAAAACGACUCUGAUUCUCGUCAAAAUCCACGGAAUGGAUUAAGUGGUUAUUAUUCUCAGGCAGAAAAGAGGGCUCAUCAUAAUGCAUUGGAGCGUAAAAGAAGAGAUCAUAUAAAAGACAGUUUUACAUCCUUAAGAGAUUCUGUACCUGCAUUGCAAGGAGAGAAAGUAGCAAGUAGAGCACAAAUAUUAAAGAAGGCAGCAGAAUAUAUUCAGUUCAUGAGAAGAAAAAACAAUUCACAUCAACAAGAUAUUGAUGACCUCAAAAGACAAAAUAACAUAUUAGAAACACAGAUCAGAGCGUUGGAAAAGGCUCGAGCGACCGGAAACUACAUGGACGCACACGAGCUCGGUCUAGGCAUCAAGUCCGAGGACAGCUCCCACGACACCGACAGCUCAGACGGAGAGGGCACCACGCGGCGCGUCAAGAAGCUCAAGAUCAACGGGGUCAACGUCUGAACCGAUCCGAGCGAUAUUCCGGCGUCGGCAACCGCCACCGUCCUGCUCCGCGGUUCGUCCAUCUUCAAAAGUCAACACAACAGAACGGACGAGUUAAAGUGCCGAUGUCAAAUAUCACGAUUUAGAUAAGUUUUGUUAGGAAACGAACAUUCUGUGAAAUGUGGAGCUAUUUUUGCUAAACCGGAAUUGUCCCAUCGGCGUUUGUACGGACUAAAGUUAGCUUUUGUUUUUGCGACGGUUAUAUUUUUAUAUUUUUUGUUAAAAUCAUGUUUAAGAAAACGUUAUCUUUCAGUGUGACGCUGAUGCGGUCCCAGAACGGAAAUUAUGUGUAAAUACAGUUCAUUCUAAGGCAUCAUUGAGAAUAAAUACUUUUACCGCUUUCGUCUCAUCGAACGCGUGAUGUACAAUAUACAUAUAUACAAUAUAUAUAUAUAUAUAUAUAUCGUUCGAGAGAUGUAGAAGCGGAAACUGUCCUUAUUCGUGAUUAAAUUAAGACAACAU